UCUCAGCAGCGCUUCCAGGCUGUCCUGGAGGAGAGCACAGUUCCUGCAGACAUGCCGUCGCUGUUCCACGUGCUCACUCUGACAGUCCUUGGGGCUUUAUGUGUGUAUGGUGCAGGUCAUCUAGAGCAACCUCAACUCUCCAGUACCAAAAAGCUGUCAAAAACAGCCCGCCUGGAAUGCGUGGUAUCUGGUGUAACCAUUUCUAAAGUGUCUGUAUAUUGGUAUCAAGACAGACCUGGUGAAGCCAUGCAGCACCUGCUACACAUUUUAUCUAACAACACCGUCAGAAGGGAAUCAGACGUUACACUGGGCAAGUUUGAGGCAGACAAGAAACCCGAAACUUCUACGUCGACCCUCACCAUUCACAAUGUACAGGAACAAGACGCGGCCACCUACUAUUGUGCCCUCUGGGAAGUGGGGCUAACACAUGGCAAGAGCAUCAAAGUGUUUGGUUCUGGAACACAGCUCAUUGUUACAGAUAGAAGCCUUGAUGUAGACAUGUCUCCCAAGCCCACUAUAUUUCUUCCUUCGAUUGAUGAAAUAAACCUCCAUGAGGCUGGAACACAUCUUUGCCUUCUCGAGAAGUUUUUCCCUGAUGUCAUUAAGGUCUAUUGGAAAGAAAAGAAUGGCAACAGAGUUCUGGAAUCCCAGCAGGGAAAUAUCAUCAAGACUAAUGAUACAUACAUGAAAUUCAGCUGGCUGACCGUGACUAAAAGGUCAAUGGAUAAUGAACUCGUAUGUAUCGUCAAACACCAGAAUAAUAAAAGAGGAAUUGAUCAAGAGAUUCUUUUCCCUUCAAUUGAGAAUAAUAAAAGAGGAAUUGAUCAAGAGAUUCUUUUCCCUUCAACUGAGAAUAAUAAAAGAGGAAUUGAUCAAGAGAUUCUUUUCCCUUCAAUUAACAAAGAGGUCACUACACAUGCCUGCGUGAAAAAAGGAAGUGAUUCCCUGCAGCUGCAGCUCACGAACACCUGUGCCUGCUACACCUACCUCCUUCUCCUCCUCAAGAGCUUGGUCUACUUUUUCAUCAUCUCCUUCUGUGUGUAUAGAAGAACAGCCGUCUGCGGCCACGGGAAGAGCUCGUGACAGAGGGCACCACAAAGGGGUCACCUUUCCUUCAUCAUCUCUUGUCUCUAAAAGUGUCUGCUGAGGAUCUAGCUGGGCUUCCUUUCUGGGUUUGGGUUAUUUCAGCUCACAUGUGUAUUCUUCUGUGUGCCAUUAUUGUGUAAGGGCUUUUCAAACCACUGGGCAAGCAGACAGUUUGACUCCAUAACAGGGAAUUCUACCAUUACUCAGGGGCAGGGCCCAGGGCUGGCCCAGGGGAGCCUCUCCCACCACUGUCCCCACAACCUCCUCAGGUCCUCCUGCCCCCGAGUCCUCGUGCCUCCUGAGGGCACACAGCGGGCAGCUCCCCUCUCCUCCCUCAGUGCCUCCACCCAAACCACGGCCCCCACCCUCCAUGCCACCCACCCUGGGGCCACCAGCUUUGCCACUUGAA